GGGCAAUGCAGCAUACAUAAAGGCUCAGUUACCUGGGGAUCGAUGUCCAACUACUGUCUUAAAGGAGAGAGCAUCAACGGAGAAUCAAACAAAGGACUAAAGAUAGAACAUCAAGAGCUAGAAAACAUUCCUCCAAAGAAGAUGAGAAGCCAUGGGAGCUGAUCGCUAUCAUGAAAAGCCAGCGCUGGUUUCCUCAGGAGGGAAGUGUGCGGAGGCUCCUGUGUGCAGACCCCUCCUGCCCUGUCUGCAAUGCUAUGGCUCUGGAGAUUAAGCAGUUGCUGGAGAGUGAGAGUACCCCCAUCUCUCCCACUCCGUCAAGGCGAUCGCAGGGCUCCUCUUGCCUAGAUAUUUUGUCCAUGUCUAAUUUGUCUUUUGAUCCAAGUCAGAGUUCCCAGCACUCCAGAGAGCUUUCAGUUGCACCUGUAACCCCCUCAAUGACACAACUAAAGGAUCACAAAUCCUUAACCCAGUCAGCUUCCCAGUCAACUGGUGCAAUCAGCAUCCAAGAUUACUGGGCUGACCACCAACUAAGGCAGGAAUUUCAAGCACCGGAUGUGUUCUGGGAUGCAAGAGAUCCGUCUUCUUGGAGCCUUGAGGAGUGCAGGAGUCCUGUGAACCAACAGAACAAGAAGAGCAACACCGAAUAUGUCUCAGAGAAACAAGAAGCUGCAGAAGCUGGCUUCGGAAAUAAGAUGAAGCAUUUUACACACUGGAUUAAACACAAGUUGAAAGAUCAAGGGCAUAAAGAAUCCAUUCUCCUUUCUGAGGAUGAGACAGUGGCCAAAACCACGACCAAAAAGGUUGAAGAGUCCACCCUCCACCAGACGCCCUGUGAAGCAAUAGAGGACAAGAAUAUCACCUUCUUUGAUGCCCACCAGUGCCUGGACAAUGAACUCCAGCAACACCCCUUUGAGCCUGGCCACUCCUGGUUCCAGUGCCUUUCCCACAACAGAUCUAAGCACUGUCCUCAGCUGACUUGUGCCACUCAACCAAAAAUCCAUGCCAGGUCUCAACUCUCACCUCAGCAGUAGGCACUGGUCUAUACAGGGAGAAAACCCAUUCCAGAAAAAGAAGAGUUCAGGGUUUCCAAAACCUCUGCAUAUUUCUGAAAAAGGCUGUCAUCGUUUCCAUUAAUUUGCAGGUGAGGCAGUACCUUCUCCAAAUAUACACUAUAACUCUAUGCAAACAACCACCUGUUUUUGCCUGCUCAUUUUCAAUGUGAUAUGUAAUGAAGAGAGUAGAGGAGGUAGAUAGUACUUCCCAAUGGUAUAAGAGCGUAAAUUCAUAUUUCAGAUGGAUUAGCGUUCCACGUAACUCUUUCAGCUCCACUCUGAACUACAGAUAAAGGGACUUGGGCAGAAAAGGAAGACCCUUCUCUAAGGUGCGUUGAAGCCAAAGAUCAGGCUUGAAUUCUUCUGAUAGUGUCUUUGGGCCCCAGAGCAGCAAUGUGAACAUGAAGACAGCACAAGAAGUGGUGGCCAGGAAUCCAGUGCAUUUUGGCCCAUAGACACAAUUUAUGGAUAAACUCUGUAUAUCCAGAACCUGUAGGGAAGGUUUUUAGAGGAGUGUGCACCAUCCUCGGGGAGGUGCUUUGUGUUUAUCAAAAGCACAAAGCUAAUAUGACAGAUGUCAAAAGUAAAUGAUAGCAUCUUCCCUCUCUGUGCCCUGUUGUUAUUGAUUAACUCUUUAAGGGUAAGCCAUCUGGGAACCUGCAGUAGCCUGUUACCUGUUUGACCCUCAUUGCCUUUCAGCUGCAUGAAUGAAUGCCUCCUAAAAUGAAGAACAGUUGAUGAGAAGUUCCUCAAAAGGGUCACAAUAAAAAUGACUUUUAGCUGAAUUUUGCAUUCGACAAUUCAAAUAUCUGAGUACUUUAUAUGCUAGGUACUCUGCCAGACCCUAGGGACAUAACAGUGAACAGCCACAGGCCCUCCUCCAAUGGAGCUCAUGGAAUCACGGAGUUGACAGUUAAGUAAAAAGUCCUAAAAACUAUGUCCCCAGAAGAGAAAGCCCAGCCAGCAUGGCUCAGUGGUUGAGUCAGGAGGUCACAGUUUAAUUCCUGGUCAGGGCACAUGCCCAGGUUGCGGGCUCAGUCCCC